CUCUGCCCGCACGCAUCCCAGCAUCCUCUGCCUCCUGCCUCAUCGACAGCGGAAUCACUGCUUGGAGCUCUGGCACUAACAUGUGCUAGAUAACCCCACACAUACUUUUCCGAGACCUCUUCGUGUCCUCAACGGCCUCGACUGGCUCGACCGUCACUUCUGUGAACAGUACAUACAACCUUCGCAGCCGGCCUUGAGCCGCCUACACAACACUUUUAGCCAUGGACCAGCAACAGCAGCAGCAAGGCCAGCAAGGACCAAUGGGUCCUGCUGGCCGUCGCCUGCACAUUGCUCACCGUCGCAGCCCUUCUGAGCUCACACCGCUAAUGAUGGAACAACUUGCUAUCGCACAGCAGAUUGAGGUCCUACAGCAGCAGCAGCAGCAGAUCGCCGCAACGCACCAGCAGUAUGUGAACAUGGGCAUGAUUCAGCCGCAGCAGCAGCUCGGCAACUUCCAGAUGCAGCCCGGCCAGAUGGCGAACCUGUCACCACAGGUCAACAACUACCAGUUUUCUCAGCAAAUGGGUCAGCAACACCUUGGUGCUUCCAUGCACGCUCCCGCCCAGCCCUCCGCCCACCGCCGCAACCAGUCUGCCCUCCCUAAUGUUGGUAUGGGCCCGCCCCCAGCUCCGUCCUCUGGCGCAUCUGGCUUUGGCGAGUUUGGUCAGCAGGGUGCCCAAGGCCGCGAGAACGUGAACCCCCGCGGUCGCGGUGGCGGUGCCGCUGGCUCUGGACACACACGAAGACAUUCUUUGGCACUUUCUGAUGCUAAGAAGGCAGCAGAACUGGCAGAAUCGAAGAGAAAGACUUCAGGCUUCCAGUUCCCUCUGCCUUCUACCGGUGGAAGCUCCAACCGUGACGCAAGCCCUGGUGGUGCCAGCUCCGGCGAACAGCCCUCCACUCGCGGCGGUCGCGGCGCCCAUGGACGCAGCCAAAGUAUGGCUGUUGGACGUGGCGGCGGCAGCGCUGGCCGUGGUGGACCGGCCUUCUCCUUCCCCCAGCAACCCGCUGACUCGAGCGCAUCGAGCAACAACAACACUACCCAGACUGGCCAGUCGGACUUCCAGCGUCGUGGCAGCGCAGGCCACGGUCGCAGCGCAUCGCGCAACUUUGAGGGCAAUUGGAGGCAGCCUCAGAACAGCACUGCCCAGCAGUCUGCCCAGGAGAAUCAAGCCCAGAACAUGGGCAACUUUAACAUGAACCAGACUGCCAAUGCCGCUCCUUUCCAGCCCGGACACCGUACCCGCGGUUCAGUCAACCAGUCUGUCGGCUCUCUCGGCAACUUCCAGUACCCAGGCCAGCCUCAGCUGGUCCAGCUACCCCAGGGACAGGUCCUCGUCCCACAACAGAUGCUUGGUCAAGGUCUUAACCCUCUGCAAAUUGCUCACCUCCAGGCAUUGCAGGCACAUCAAUUGCAGGGUGGAGGCUUCGGCGGCCUUGGUGUCAGCCAGCACGCGCAGCCUCAGAUGGGUAUGCAGCAACAGCAGCAGCAGCGCAAGACCCUGUUCACUCCUUACCUCCCCCAGGCUACUCUGCCUGCACUGCUUAGCGACGGUCAGCUUGUUGCUGGUAUCCUUCGUGUCAACAAGAAGAACCGAAGCGACGCUUAUGUCACCACAACCGACUUGGAUGCCGAUAUCUUCAUUUGCGGUAGCAAGGACAGGAACCGCGCUUUGGAGGGAGACCUGGUUGCCAUUGAGCUUCUCGACGUCGAUGAAGUUUGGGGCCAGAAGCGCGAGAAAGAAGAGAAGAAGAAGAGGAAGGACAACGCGGACCCUCGCGGCGGUAGCAUUGCCGUGAACGACGCCACGACCCAGCCUGAGACGGCUGGAGAGGGUGGUCUCCGCCGCCGUGGAAGUCUGCGCCAGCGCCCUACUCAAAAGAAGAACGACGAUGUCGAGGUUGAGGGUCAGAGCCUGCUCUUGAUGGAAGAGGAGGAGAUCAACGAUGAGCUCAAGCCUCUAUAUGCCGGUCACGUUGUCGCGGUCAUCGAGCGCGUUGCUGGCCAGAUGUUCUCUGGUUCUCUCGGACUUCUGCGUCCCAGCAGCCAGGCCACCAAGGAGAAGCAGGAAGCUGAGCGUCAAGCUCGUGAGGGCAGCAAUAGCCGUCCUCAGCCCGAGCGCCAGGAUAAGCCCAAGAUUGUGUGGUUCAAGCCUACCGACAAGCGUGUGCCUUUGAUCGCCAUCCCUACUGAGCAAGCACCUAGGGACUUUGUUGAGAAGCACCAGGACUAUGCCGACCGCAUCUUCGUUGCUUGCAUCAAGCGAUGGCCCAUCACUUCGCUGCAUCCUUUCGGAACUCUCGUUGAGCAGCUUGGUGUUAUGGGUGACCCUAAGGUGGAGACCGACGCCCUGCUGCGCGACAACAACUUUGGUCCGGAUGACUUCUCCGACGCUGUCAUCAAGAACAUCGGUUUUGACGACUGGUCGGUUGCCAACGAUGGUGAGGAGAUUUUGGAGACACGCCGCGAUCUCCGCAACGAGGAGACUUUCACCAUCGAUCCCAACGGCAGCAAGGAGCUUGACGAUGCCAUUCACUUCAAGUACCUUGAUGAUGGCCGUGUUGAGAUUGGUGUGCACGUCGCUGAUGUCGCACACUUCAUCAAGCCCAACUCUCUUGUUGACCGUGAGGCCAAGAAGCGAGGAACGGGUGUCUACCUUAUGGACCGCUCCGUCAACAUGCUGCCACCGCGCCUCUCAAACGAUAUCUGCUGUCUGAGUCCCGGCGAGGACCGCUACACUGUCAGUGUCAUCUUCAAGGUUGACCCUAAGACUGGUCGCGUAUCAGAUGAUGAGACCUGGGUCGGCAAGUCAAUCAUCAAGAGCUCCGGCAAGCUGUCGUACGAAGAGGUCGACUCCGUUAUUAGCGGACGCGAUGGUGACGUUGCAGCGGCUCGUGCUAAGGACAUCAAGACGCUCCACCAGAUUACCCAGCGAUUCCGCCAGACUCGUUUCGGUGACCGCACCGCCGACAUCCAGCCUCUGCGUCUGAUGUACCAGCUUGAUGAUGAGAAUGUUCCUGUUGAGGCGAAUAUUUUCGACUCUUCGCCAGCCCAUGAGUGCAUUGAGGAGCUCAGCCACCUUACGAACAGCUUCAUUGCAAAGAAGAUUCAGGCUGCUCUACCUGAGAAGGCUCUUCUCCGUCGCCAGGCCCCUCCCAACCCUCGUCGUCUGACUACCAUCGCCGAGCGCAUGACUGCAAUUGGCUACGACAUCGACACAGAGAGCAGUGGCACAAUCCAGAACAGCCUGUUUCAGGUCAAGGACAGCGAUAUUCGCAAGGGUAUGGAGACACUUGUCAUCAAAUCCAUGCCUCGCGCGAAGUACUUCGUGGCUGGCAAGGUUCCGGAGGACCAGUACGCACACUACGCCCUCAACCUUCCGAUGUACACUCACUUCAUGAACCCGUCUCGUCGCUACGCCGAUAUCAUUGUGCACCGCCAGCUAGAAGUCGCUCUAUCCAACGGCGCUAUUGAGUUCACUGAGGAUAUUGAGGUCUUGACCAAGACCGCCGAGAUGUGCAACACCAAGAAGGAUUCCGCUCACGCUGCUCAGGAGCAGAGCGUCCACAUCGAGGCAUGCCGUAAGAUGGACAAGCUCAGCCAAGAAAUCGGCGGCGACUUGAUCGCUGAUGGUAUCGUCAUCUGUGUGUACGAGUCAGCUUUCGAUGUCUUGAUCCCUGAGUGGGGUUUCGAGAAGCGCGUCCACUGCGACCAGCUCCCGCUCAAGAAGGCCGAGUUCGACAAGAACAAGCGUCUCCUCGAGCUCUACUGGGAGAAGGGUGUACCCUCAUCUGCUUUCGUCCCAGAGGACGAGAGGCCGAAGCACGGCUCAUUCCGCGCGUCCAAUGCGGCCGCUGCUGCACGUCACGCCGAGGCGGCUAAGCAGCGUGCUAAGGAGCAGGAAGAGGCUCAACGCCGCCACAUGGACACUGGAACGAUGUCGACCAAUGAGGUCGAUGCCCUUUUUGAUGACGACGACGAUUCGAGCGAUUUGAACUCCACUAUGGCCGGUGUGUCACUGAACCCAACCGGCGCCGACCGACCAACCCAGAGCAUGCCCCCUUCGCCGACUAGGGGUCUAUCUGGUCAAGCACCGCAGCGCACGAACUCGGACUCGAAGCUGUCGAAGAGUGCAGCGCCCGAAGCUAAGCUGUCGAACAAGGAGAAGUACCUCAAUUGGUUCACCCUUCGCGAAGAGAAUGGCGACUACAUCCAGGAUGUGCGGGAGAUGACGCGCGUGCCGGUCAUCCUUAAGACGGAUUUGACCAAGAGCCCUCCUUGCUUGACCAUCCGAUCGUUGAACCCCUACGCCUUGUAAGCGUAUUGGUCACUACUUGAUCGAUACAAGAAGGGACAUAUGUACAGCAGCCUCGUUCGGAAGCACGAACGAUACUGUAUCGCUUCAAGGUAGCCUCGGGUUGCUGCCAACAUUACUCGGGAAUUUGCAUAGCGUGGAUAUA